ACUAGUGCAUUGGACAGAAGAACCUUCAGCAGACAUCCCUUCUGCAGUACAAAGUGGAAGAUGGACAGAACAGCCACUGUAACCAUCCUCAUCCUCCUUCUGUGUGCCAUUGCUGCACAGGGUGUUCCGAUCCCAGGAGCACAAGGACGGUGCCAUUGCAUUCGGAUCAGCUUUGAUGUUAUUCGUCCGAAGUUCAUCCAGAGCUUGAAAUACAUUCCCAAAGGAUCCCACUGUGAGAGAGCAGAGAUAAUUGUCACCCUGAAAAAUGAGACGAAAGUGUGUGUGGAUCCUGAUGCCAGGUGGUUGCAGGCUCUCAUAAGAGCCAUGAAAGGAGGGAAAAAACACAAGUGAAAAAUCAGAAGCUGCAAAAUGAGGAAAUCUGUCCCACCUCUGGAUUAUCCGAUGGGGAAUGAUGGAAGCUCAGCUCUGGGUGUUGGCUCUGUGAUAUUACCAUCCAGUGGUUCAUUCCAGUGUCUCCUCUUCAUUGUCUUCGGAGAGUGAUCUUGGAGUUCCUCCCUGUCACAGGACAUUUUUUUACCUGGACUCACGACCUGUUUACAUUUGAGAAUGCCAUGUGAUAUUUAUAUUAAACAUUGUGCCAAAUCCAAAGUUUCUUUGGACAUCUGUGGUAAAUUUCGGACAUGUGAGAUGCGCAUCAAUUGUUAAGCCUUAAUGUUAAUUCUAAGAGUGGGAGAUGACGGUGAUGUGAGAGGAAUGUUAUUUAUUAAUUUCCAUGGCUAACUUAUUCAAGAUGAACUUGGUUGACAAGGGAAGGCAGUGACCUCUGGGAUAAAAUUCACAUGCUGUUCACGUCCCACCCUCUCCCUUUUGCUGCCCUGUUAUCAACACUCUCUUUACAAACCCAGAAAUGAAAGAGGAUAAAUCAGCCUAUGUGCAAAGAAGGAUUAUCUUUUGGUUAUUUCAUUAAUAUAAUCUGAGUCAGAAUGUUGAAGAUGUAAAUAAUUAAAUCAUUCCUCCUUUUUUCUUGAAUAUAUGAGGUGAUGCAGCAUUGUUGCAAUGAUUUCUAGUGCAAAAAUUAGCAGACGUCUUUGUUAUUUAAGAUCUUGCUCAUAGCCUGUAAUAUAGAAAUGACAAUAUUGUUGACCAAUACUGUUUGACUGAAGCAUUUUUGUGCGAAAACGUAAGAGCAAGUAACUGCAAGUAACAUACAUGCCAUUUCACAGCGUUGUUUAUUGACCAUUGACUUUUCAACUAGUGCUUUCUUUGUAAAACAUCACAUUUUAGGAUCUAUCUGAAGUCUAUGGAAGCAAAUUUUCUGCAGUUGUAAUUUUCAUCUAAAGUACCUUCAUUUUAGAAGGUACUGCUGCUAAUAGUCCGAUAAUUACUGGAGAAAAUGAAACUUGUAAAUAGGAACAAGUGAUAGAAAUCUUUGCCUUGAGGGCACGUUCACUGUCUGGACAGUUGAUGUAUGGAGAUGAAUUUGUUGAUCAUUCUUCAAAAGCACUUAAGAAAAUAAAAUA